UCGAGCAAAUACUAUCGGUUCGGCAGCGCAUCACACACACAAAGCGAAAAAAAAAAGAAAAAUACGGGUGGCCAGCGAGCGAAUAUCUCCGAAAUUCAUUAAAUCCCGACGCCGAGAUUUGUGCUCCGAUCCGAGAAUCCAAUAAGCUCCCGUGCACUGUCCGCCCAAGCCAGCAAAAUAACCAAGUUCAACAUACGCCUGGACAACAUAAUGUCGAAGAAUAAAAAACUGUCGCUGUCGGGCGGCGAUACGGCGGAGAAAUUUAUUUACAAACCCAAGGAUCUGAUAUGGGCCAAAAUGAAGGGCUUCACUCCGUGGCCAGGAAUGAUUGUCGAUCCACCACUUGAUCUGCUCAGUCAGCAGCGCCGGGCGAAUACCAAAUGCGUGUUUUUCUUCGGAUCUAGGAAUUUCGCCUGGAUUGAGGAGAACAACAUCAAGCCCUUCGAAGGUCCCUGGAAGGAGGAACUGGCCAAGGUGAGCAAGCCCGCUGCUUUCCGGCACGCCAUGACGGACAUCGAAAAGUACAUUGACGACCCCGCCGAGGUGGACGAGCAAGUUAACAAAAGCUGCGGUGCGCCAAAUCACGCCACCGAGGCCGAUUUUGACAAGAUCCGGGAUGGCUUAGACAGCGAGGAGAUUGCGACUGAGGAAGCAACUGCCGAUGCCAACAAUGGAGUGGUGGCCCAUGUGGUGGGCAGCCCCGAUGAGGGCGAUGGUUUGGAUGUGGAAAUCAAUGCAGAUUCCUCAGCGUCACCCGCCACGACGCCGGCGGCCACAACGAAGGCAGGUGGCAAGCGGACGCCCAAGGCCAAGUCCGUGGCCGCUACAUCGGUCAAGUCGACAAAGGGAUCGGCAAAAUCAGCACAGAAACGGCGCACCUCUGCACAACAGACGCCCAGUGGACCAUCAAAUGCCAAGCGAGGCAAGAGGGCCGCUUCCGGGGAGGCAUUGCAGGAUGCGGAUGAAGCUAGUUCCACGCCCACUGGCCGACGUCGGGUCGAGACUGACGCACUUUUGGCCUCAAUCGCUGCCAAGCGUGCACCGAAUGCAAUUGCCCUGCUUGACCGACCGGUUGUCACGCGACCAGAGACCCAAGUGAUCGACAUGAGCUCCCGCUCCAACACACUGGCCGAUCGCGAAAUCGUGCCUUCAGAGCAGACCUUCGGCUUCCUGGGUCUUGGCAUGAUGGGAUCUACCAUAGUCAAGGAUUUGAUCUACACCGGUCACAAGGUUGUGGUCUGGAACCGCACCAUUGACAAGUGCCAACCUUUUGCCGAGGCCGGUGCUGAGGUUAAGGAUACACCCAUGGAUGUUGUGGAAGCUGCCGACGUUAUCUUUUGCUGUGUGUCCGAUCCAAAGGGCGCCAAGGAUCUCGUUUUCGGCAACUGUGGCGUUCUGCAGUUGAAGGACUUGAACAAUAAGGCCUACGUUGAAAUGUCUACGAUUGAUCCGGACACUUCGUUGGACAUUGGCGAGGGUAUCAAGCAGUGCAACGGCCGCUAUCUUGAGGCACAAAUUCACGGCUCGCGCCAGGAGGCGGCAGAUGGCAUGCUCAUCAUCCUCGCCGGUGGAGAUCGUUCAGUGUUCGAGGAGUGCCACUCGUGCUUCAAGACCAUCGCCAAGAACACCUUCUUCUUGGGGACAGAUAUCGGUAACGCCUGCAAAGUAAACCUAAUUUUGCAAACCAUUUUGGGAGUGAGUCUGGUCGGGUUGGCUGAGGCGUUAGCACUUGCUGAUCGUUUCUCAAUUUCUCUGAACGACAUCAUAGACAUUUUUGAUUUGACUUCAAUGAAAUCACCCAUGUUACUGGCUAAGGGCAAAGAAAUGGCAAAGGGUGACUUCAAUCCACAGCAGCCUUUGAGCCACAUGCAACGCGACUUGCGCUUGGUGCUAAACAUGGCGGAGAAUCUGGACCAGUCCAUGCCCGUCACCAGCAUCACCAACGAGGUGUUCAAGCACACCAAGCGCUUGGGCUACAGUGAACACGAUUCGAGCGCCGUAUUCGUAAGAUCCAGAUUUUAACAUUUAGUUAACACGACUAACGUUUAAACUAUGUUUUAUCAAUUAGUUUAAAGCGUACACCGAACAGAACUGCACCGACACUGACAAACAUAACAAACAGGACAGUAACAGAAACGCAUUACCCUCACUUACCCACCACCCACCAAUUCAAACUGACAGAGGCGUCCGAUUGCAAGAACUUCCUUGCGACUGGCAGCGCCAUCCUAACCUCUUCUACAUCUUCCUCAAUCUGCCCACAUGCAAAGCGUUUAUUGCAAUAUGGCUCCGAUUCGCAUUGAGUCGCAGACCGUCAUAUCAGGUUCUCCUGGUCUGACCUCGUCGGCCUGCUUUAGACGCAGGAGCCACUGAGGUGUGCUUGGGGGAGUGUGUUCGACAGCACAGUCUUUCCGGGAUUACUUCAAUGAAUUGUGCAUUAUACGACUUUAGAGUGUUUUAUUGUAUUCUUUGACGGGUGAAACGCAAUCCCCAGCGAGGAGGGAGGCCAGGGCGCCGUGUUUCCGAUUUUAUAUGUGUAAGGUGUUGCUUUCCAAAUAUCAUUUUUACGUAUGUGCAUACAUAACUUGUAAUUGUAUAGAAUACUGCAUCCGAAUAAAAUGUACAAAGCAUA